UACAUUUAAAGUAUUCAACCACUUGUUUAAAUCUAAGAUAACUAACUUCAAUGCAUGUUCCAAACUGACAUAGGUUUCUGCUAUGGUUUACUGAAGAGAGAAAAAGAAAGAGGUUGGUGUUGGUGUAGGUUCAGCGUGGGCGUGACCCUUAUCUUAUUGGCGUUAAAGACCAAAACUUUAAAGAAGAAAACGAAAAGGGGCAAUGGCAGUGUGUGUUUCACGGUUCCAUACUCAUUUUCUGAAUUGUUCUUCGAAUUUGAAGCCCUUAGCAACAAUAAGCAAAGACAACAAGAUGAAGAUGCGUGUCCACUACGAUCUGAAGCAAGGGCAAUCUCGUAUAUUCCACGAGCUGCCCUCUGGUCUAAGCAUGGAGGUGAUUGUGCAAAAGGGUGUUGGUGAUGCAGAGAAGAACAAGAAUGUGGAAUACCCACCUUUGGUAUUUGUUCAUGGAAGCUACCACGCUGCUUGGUGUUGGGCAGAACACUGGUUCCCCUUUUUUUCUUCUUCCGGCUAUGAUUGCUAUGCUCUUAGCUUGUUAGGACAGGGUGAAAGUGAUGAACCUGCUGAUUCAGUUGCUGGUACACUUGAGACACAUGCAAGAGAUGUUGCCGAUUUUAUCUAUCGAAACGUUAGAUCACCACCUGUUUUACUUGGGCAUUCAUUUGGGGGACUUAUUAUUCAGUAUUAUAUCUCCAAUUUAGGAAGUCGCAAAAUCAAUGGUAAUUUAUACCCAAAGCUUAGAGGAGCUGUCCUUGUUUGCUCUGUACCUCCUUCUGGUAAUAGUGGGCUAGUCUGGCGUUAUCUCUUUACCAAGCCAAUUGCUGCCUUCAAGGUGACACGCAGCUUGGCAGCAAAAGCUUUUCAAACCUCUCUUUCUCUUUGUAAGGAGACAUUUUUCUCAGCCACUAUGGAGGAUCAUGUUGUUAAAAGAUAUCAAGAGCUAAUGAAAGAAAGUUCGAGGCUGCCAUUGUUUGAUUUGAGAAAGCUUAAUGCAUCACUUCCAGUUCCUUCAGUGCCACAUUGCCCUCUUGAAAUUCUUGUGUUGGGUGCAAAGGAUGACUUCAUUGUGGAUGCAGAAGGACUGAAAGAAACAGCCAAGUUUUAUGAUGUGUCACCAGUAUGUGUUGAAGAAACUGCCCAUGACAUGAUGCUGGACGUUUCAUGGGAGAAAGGUGCAAAAAUUAUUCUUUCAUGGCUAAAUGAUUUAGAGAUGUAAGAGGCACGAAAUAGCAGAGGAAAUCUUUGUUUCAUUUUUGCAUUUUGCUAGGAGUACAUAACAUAUUUGUGCUGCUUCAAAUCGCUACAAUUAAUGUAGAAGGUCUUCAACCUUUCAAGCUACAAGCUGAGGUGAUAAAGAUAGGUCCAAGUAGAAAUGUGAU